AUGGCUACCACGGCGCCCGUCAGCACUGUGGCGGCUACCGAUAGCCCUUCGUGGCUGGUGGUCGGCACGUUGUGUCGUCGCGAACUCGUGCGUUUUUUUCGCCAGCGGAAUCGAGUCGUCGGAGCGAUCGGUCAGCCUACGCUGUUUUGGAUUCUGUUCGGGGCAGGGUUGGGGCCCUCGUUUCAACUGCCGGGCAUGGAAAACUCCAGCAUCAGCUAUCGAGAGUAUUUCUUUCCCGGCACGCUGGUGCUCAUCCUGUUGUUCACGGCCAUCUUCUCCACGAUUUCGAUCAUCGAAGACCGCCGCGAAGGGUUCCUGCAAUCGGUCCUUGUGGCCCCCAUCACCCGUUGGUCGAUGGUGAUGGGCAAACUGUUGGGGGCCUCCACAAUUGCCGUCGCUCAGGGCCUGUUGUUUCUGCUGUUGGGGCUGACGAUUGGCUUGCAGUUCAGCCCCUUGGUGUUGCUGGCGAUUGUUGCGUUUCUGUUCGUGCUUUCGCUGGCCUUGUCGGCGCUUGGGUUUGUCAUCGCGUGGCAACUCGAUUCCACCCAGGGCUUCCACGCGGUGAUGAGUAUGUUCUUGCUGCCGAUGUGGUUGCUCUCCGGGGCAUUCUUUCCAGCCACCGAAGGCGUGCUGGGCUGGCUCGUUCGAUUCAACCCGCUUUCCUACGGGGUGGCGGGCUUAAGGCAACUUUUAUACUUCCACGCGCCGCAAUCGCUGCCGCCCGACACGCCUUCGCUGGCGUUGUGUGUGACGGUUACCGUCGCGUUCGCCCUGGUGGCCUUCGUGGCGGCCUGGUUCUCGGCCGGCAGACGCUGUGGAUCUGCCGAGCAGGGCGGGGCACCCAAUCAAUCCGGUGGGAAUUCUUCUACCGCCAGCAUAGACAAUUAUGACGAGAGCGAUUCCGGGCUUCCGGUCGUUCCGCCGCUCACAUCAGCCGGGCUCGAAGUCGGUCCUUACGACCUGCUCGAUAUCGAAGGCCAGCCCUUCGAUGAAUCGACCCUCAAUGGCGAGGUCUACGUCGUCGAUUUCUUCUUCACCACCUGUCCGGUGCAAUGCCCGAAGCUCUCGCAAGCAUUCGAGCGAUUGCAAAGCCAACUCGGCGACAAGGGCCUCCGGCUGGUAAGCGUAUCGGUCGACCCCACUAACGAUACGCCGGAGGUACUUCAGCAAUACGCCAAGAAGUACAACGCCAAGCCCGAUCAGUGGACAUUCCUCACAGGCGAACGGGAAGAGAUCGAACGCGUGGCCCACGAGGUGUUCCGCGUGCCGUUGCAAGAUCGUCUGCAUACCGAGAAAUUCAUCCUGGUCGAUCGCCAGGGUGAAAUCGUCGAUUUCUACAAUGGGCUCGAGGUCGACAGCCCAAUCGUGAGUUCGUCGAUAAUGGAAUCUCUGUUCGCCGAUUUGCCGCUUGCCAAAAUCUGGGUGGUUGAAUUCUCCUGGCGCACGUUGCCCACGGUGAAUGCCGUGCUCAACGCCCUGGCCACGGUGUUGCUCAUCGUGGGGUUUGUGCACAUCAAGCGGGGCAAUAUCACGGCCCAUCGCAACACAAUGCUCACCGCAUUCGCCGUGUCGGUGGCCUUCCUGGUCUGUUACCUGUUCUAUCACGCCUCGCUAAGGGCCGAGACGGGAGAGGCGGGCGUGAAGUUUCAAGGGCCAUCUCCCAUUCGAGAGAUGUACCUGAUCGUGCUGAUCACGCACGUAGUGCUAGCAGCCGCCGUACCGAUUCUCGCUCUGCGGACCAUCUAUCUCGGGCUUCGCGAUCGUCGCCUGCAGCAUCGCCGCUGGGCCCGUUGGACGUUUCCCAUCUGGCUGUAUGUCUCGGUAACCGGGGUGUUUAUCUACAUCAUGCUGUACCACUUCAAUCAGGUUGUGGACAUGAUCGUGGCUCGCCGGCGAACUUGGCCGACGGCGGUGCUGGCAUCGUUGGUCCUCAUUGCGAUCACCACCGCUCACGCCGGGGCCCAGGUCUUUCUCACCCCGGGGGCUUCCCUCUCCGACGCCAUCUACCUUCCCGAGGCCGAUUCCACCGUUCGGGCACACCUUGAGCGCGUACAGGCCUUUCGCGAUGCCGGGCAGUGGAAUGAAGUAAUUGAGACCCUUCGUCAGGUCAUGGAAGGCCAGAACGGCCAGCUCAUUCAACUCUCGGACCACCAUUGGGGCAACAUUCCUGAGUACUGCCACCAGCAAUUGGCCGGCCUCCCCGAGGAAGCCCUCACCAUCUACCGCCAACAAGUCGACCCGCAAGCCCGGCAGCUGUACGAACAGGGCAUCGGGCAGCGGGACCGACAGGCAUUGCUGAGCCUCAUCGACCAGCAUUACUGCAGCAGUUGGGGUGACGAUGCUCUCUACGCCCUCGGUGAACUGCUGAUCGAGGAAGGCGACUUCGGUCUGGCCCGGGCUUACCUCAGCCAGUUAGUGCCCACUCCGCCGGAGUUGCAGGGAACCGCUCCGCCUCGCAAGGCUUACCCAGAUACCGACCUCGACCUGGCAGAAAUCGGCGCCCGGCUCAUCCUGUGUUCGAUCUUCGAAGGCUCGACCGCCCGGGCCGAGCGUGAACUGGAACAGUUUCGCCGCGAACCGAAACCCGGCGAGCCCCCCAGUGCCGCCGGGCAUCCCGACGCCGUGGGAACCAUGGCCGGUCGCGAAGUGAAUCUCGGUGAAACCCUGGCCGGCCUCCUGGAAGCCAGCCCCGACUGGUCGGCCCCCGUCGCCGCCCGUGGAUGGGACACCUUCGCAGGCAAUUUUCGCCGCGACCGCAUUGCUCAGCCCCUUUCCGCUGGCAUUGUCUGGCAGUGGGAACAUGCAUUGCCCGAGGUUCCUGCGCUCGAGGCGAGCAUCGCCCGCAAUUACGGCUUUCGCCCCAAUCGUGUGGCCGAAGAUAACGAGUCGCUGUUGAGCUAUCACCCGGUGGUUCACAACGAUCUGGUGCUGUUGAACAACGAAAUGCAGGUUCUCGCACUCGAUCUGAAAACCGGCAACCCGCCGUGGGGCUUGGACGAUCCGGUGAUCUUCCGCGACGAAGAAGCCGCCGCCUCACGGGUGAGUUACCGCAACUCACUCGGCGCCCCGCGUUACACGAUGACCGUGGCCGAUGACAAGCUCUACGUCCGCAUGGGUUCGAUGAUCACUUCCGGCGCGGGUGAACUGGCCAGCCGCCGUGGGCGAGGUUAUCUGUUGUGCCUCGACCUGAAGGCGCAAGCCCGCGUGGUCUGGAAGAUCAUCCCUGAAGAUCCCCAAUGGUCGUUCGAAGGGGCCCCUUGCGUCGUGGGCAACGAUGUGUUCGUGGCCGUUCGACACAGCGAUGUACAACACCCCAGGGCCCAUGUCGAUUGUUACGAUGCCCGCACCGGUCGGAAAAAGUGGCGGCAAUUUGUCUGCGGUUCCGACACCGUGGGUCACAAUCAACUUUCGGAGUCGACUCACACACUGCUCACCGUGUUUCGCGACACGAUUUACUUCAACACCAAUCUCGGCGCGGUGGCGGCACUGCGGACCAGCGAUGGCCACUUGAAAUGGGUCUACCAAUACAAGCGAGCCUCGGGCGAAGAUCUUUCGGUCCAGGCGGCCCACUUCUAUCGCGAUCUCACCCCCUGUGUGUAUCACUCGGGCCAGGUGUUCGUUGCCCCUUCGGAUAGCGCAUCGAUCCUCGCGCUCGAUGCCGUCUCCGGGCAACGUCUCUGGGAAAACGGCCUGGCCGAAGAUGCGAUUCACCUGCUUGGCGUUGGCGGCGGGAACCUCAUCGCCAGCGGCGACCGCCUCUACUGGUUCAGCCUGGAAAAAGAAGGCAAGCUCGCCGACAGUCGCUGGACCGGAGAGAUCCCCCUGGCCGAGCAUCGUCGGGCAGUCGAUGGCUCAAACCUUCACGGAGGCAAUCUUCUGGUGAUCGACGACAAGUUGCUCAUCGCCGGGUCCGAUAAGCUGGUCUCACUUUCUGCCGGCACUCCGCGCAUGACGUUAGAGAACCAAGAUGUUCAAGCCGUGAAGCAACUUAACGAUGCCUACGGUCGCAUCACCACUGAACUGAGCAAGGUGAUCGUCGGCCAGCAUGCGGUCGUCGAAGAACUGCUCAUCGCGCUGUUCGCCCGUGGGCAUUGCCUUCUGGUCGGAGUGCCGGGCCUGGCGAAGACGCUCAUGAUCCACACACUGGCCGAUUCGCUGGCCCUGGACUUCAAUCGCAUUCAGUUCACGCCCGACCUCAUGCCUUCGGACAUUACCGGCACCGAGGUGAUCGAGCAGAACCGCACCACGGGUGAGCGGGAGUUUCGCUUCCUGCCGGGGCCUAUCUUCGCGAAUGUGAUUCUGGCCGACGAAGUCAACCGAACCCCGCCGAAGACCCAGGCCGCGCUGCUCGAAGCGAUGCAGGAACAUCAGGUCACCAUCGGCGGCGAAAGGCAUCGCAUGUCCGAACCGUUCUUUGUGCUCGCCACGCAAAACCCCAUCGAGCAAGAAGGGACCUAUCCACUGCCCGAGGCCCAGCUCGACCGCUUCAUGUUCAAUGUGUUCGUCGAUUAUCCCGACGAGGAAGACGAACUGGAGAUCAUCAAGCGAACCACCAGCGACGUGACCGUUUCGCCCACGCCCACGCUCGAUGCCGAGCAGAUUCUGCACCUGCAGCAAAUCGUGCGUCGAGUUCCUGUGGCCGAUCACGUGUUGCGGUACGCCUUGCAACUCACACGACUCACCCGUCGCGAAAAGGCCGACGUCCCCGACUUCAUUAAUGACUAUGUCAGUUGGGGAGCAGGGCCCCGCGCCAGUCAGUAUCUGGUGCUGGGUGCCAAAGCCCGCGCGGUGCUGCAUGGGCGGUACUAUGCCGACAUCGACGACAUCUGUGCGGUGGCCCUUCCCGUGUUGCGGCACCGCAUCAUGACCAACUUCAAUGCCGAGGCCGAAGGCCUCAAGCCCGACGACAUCGUGCGGCGAUUGAUCGAGUUUGGCUACGUGGCAGGCAUGCACAAAAGCCCCUACCACGGCUUCUCGAUCGAGUUCGCCGAACACCGCGAGUACGUACCUGGCGACGACCUGCGCCACGUCGACUGGAAAGUCUUCGGGAAGACCGACAAGUAUUACCUCAAGCAGUACGAAGAAGAGACCAACCUGGUGGCCUACACCGUGUUGGACACCAGCGAGAGCAUGCGUUACCAGGGCCCCGACUCGCCCAUGUCGAAGCUGGAAUACGCCCAGUGCAUCGCGGCGGCCCUGUCGUAUCUCAUUCUCCAGCAGCAAGAUAGCGUGGGAUUGGUCACUUUCGACCGCACAAUCCGCAAUAUGGUGCCCGCUGUGGGGAAUCCAUCGCACCUCAAGCAGUUACUGCACGUAAUGAGUCAGUGUGAGGCGGUGCGAAAGACGGCCACCGGCCCCAUCUUCCACGAAUUGGCCGAGCGGCUGAAGCGGCGGUGUGUCGUCCUCAUCCUUAGCGAUCUGUUCGACUCGGUCCCCUCGAUGAUGGCCGGCCUCAAGCACUUUCGCCACCGGCGACACGAUGUGAUUGUGUUUCAGGUACUCGACCCCGCAGAACUCGACUUUCCCUUCCGCCGCACAACGAUGUUCAAAGGCAUGGAACAACUACCGGAUGUGGUCACCGAUCCACAAUCGAUACGCCGCGCAUACUUAGAGGAACUGCAGCGGCACAUUCACGAAGUUCGCAAAGGCUGCCGCACCCACAACGUGGACUACCAAUUGAUCCGUACCGACGAAACACUUGACAUUGCACUUUCCGGUUUCCUCUCCUCACGCAUGGCCCGCAUGUGA